UGUGAUUGUUCGACGUUGGGGAAACUGAAAUGGCGCGAAUCGUAUUCGCUCAUAAAAAAAAAGACAAGCACGAUGGAGAUAGGAAGCCUAAUAUUUCCCGUGCACUGGAAAAGAAACUAGAUGCGGGGUACAUCCCAGCACGUAAAUGUAUCCACCACCAGUAUAAAACGGAAGCUUCAUCUUUCGCUCAUCAUUUUCUUACAGUUUACAGCGCGUUAUAAGGCACCCCUAGCGGAACGUUCCUCUUCAUCAUGCCAGAGACUGGAGGUGCCCCUCCUGGGAAAGUUCUGAAGUAUACGUCAUACUUGUUCAAGAAUCCGAAGCUGAGCGAGGAGGAAUUCCACGACCACUGGAGGAACCAUCAUUCUCGAAAUCCUCUAGAGGCUAUGGUCAAACAUGGUGUUAUUCGCUAUACGCAGUACCAUUGCACAGAGGCCACAAGAGGACUGCUCAGCCCUAUGGUGCAAGCUAGGAAGGACAACCCCAACAGCGAGCUCAAGUUCGAGAUCAUGCCGUUCGAUGCCAUUGUUCAAAUCUGGGUGCCAGACUGGGAGACUUGGCUGAAGGUUGCGCGGGAACCCAUCUUCGGCAAAGCGAUUUUCGAGGACGAAUCAUACCUGUUUGAUUGCACGAGGUCCUUUACAACCUUGGGAUGGGAGGAAGACAUGCUCUUAGAUGGAAAGAUAGUCAUGCCAGGCUACCAAGGUCUUUCAAAAUGCGAUUGCAAAUGUGGACUUUGUAGCCACAAGUGCGAAGCGCAGCCGGAUGACUGAUCUCAGCGAUGGAUUGGGAAGGAUAGGCAUUCUGCUAUGCGUCAAAACCAGUUGUUCUACAGAGCCAUGUGUGAGAAGAUCGUCCGCGAACUCAGACCGGACCACGUGAUGCACGAUUGAUAGAUAAAGGAACUGAAGUCAAGCUGUCCGUUCGUCCUUUAUACACGAAAGUUGUACAUGAAGAGGUUAACUACAUCAAUGAGAGACCGUGUGACAAUCAAAAUUCCAGCAGAAGUGAAAAUUGCAGAAGGCGAGAGCAGUUAAGACAGAAUUGACACUUGAACAAAACCAUCUAUUCUAUUCUUCUAAUUGGUGCUGUUUAGUAUAUCAAUGUUAUCUUUCGUUCGCAACGCGACUAUAACCUAACAAAAGUAUG